AUGGAUCCACAGACUCACGGAUUGAUACACAGGAUCGAGGCUUUUACCCAAGUUUCUCUGGAAGUGAAAGACUUCUCCGAUGGAUGCGGGAAAAAGUUCGAUGUAUUUAUUGUAUCUGAUGUAUUUGAUGGGAAGUCACUUUUGGAACGUCACCGAAGAAAUUCCCGAAAUUCACGCUCUUACCAUGAAGACAUGGACCAGACCCCAAUGGAACUCGUUCAUGAGGAACUAAUACGUCAGUGCUACGAUUGGUGA